CUAGCCACAGAUAAGAUAGCGUCAUCGAAAGAGGCUGACAAAGUCUCCCUAGCCACAACCCAAGCUCACUCGCCGGCUCCACGUCCGGAACCGAAACCAGCACACGCCGGAUUCCAAUUAUUGAGUCCGCGUACCGCGCUCUGAAGGGCGGGGCGUUGAGAAUCGGGCACCGGUCUCGAUCAAGCUGGUUCUCGCCAUCUGAUAACAACCACGAGCCCGACCAUGGAUGAGCCACAAGACCAGAGGACGGCAGAGCAAGCCGUUGACGCGCCUGCUCUACUACUAUCGAAUGACGAACGUCGCGUUCUGGCGCUCUACGAUGAACUUCGCGACCUCGAAGUCACGGUUGCCCUCAUUGAAGCACAGCAGAGAUACACCCCAGAUUCACUCUUACAAAAUACCGAGGAGGAUGUGCGACAGGCACAGCAGGAUGCGGCCAAGGCGCGUGCCGGAUGGCUGCUGAGGAACGACAUCACGGAUAGCGUCAUGACCGCCAAUCCAAUUCUCAAAGCGGUCCAUAGCAGCACGCAAUCCACACCCAUAGAAACCGAUCUCCUCCCUCACAUUCAUGCUCGCGACGCCACUUCGGUCACGCUCUCGGAAACCUCUUCUGACAUUCGUGCUGCCAUCAACGAGCUUACGGACGUCGAGGCCGAGAGCUUGCGGGUAGGUCGGCGGAACGUCGAGCUCACGGCCGAAAUUCUCCGGUUGACUGAGGAGGCGGAGGCCAGGCGAAUGGGCGAAAUCGGCGACGUCGGCGUGCAGGAGGAUAUGUAUAGACUGCAGGCCGAGGUUAAAGCCAGUAGGCAGCGUUGGAAGGUCAUGAAAGGUACAGCCAGCGCCAUAGUGGUCGGCAGUGGCAUCGAUUGGACAAGGGAUGAAACACUGACGGAUAUCGUACUGGACCCCGAGGAUGAGUCCUGACAACACCAUGAGUCGAAAGGGUAUUGGAGAAGGCCUGAGAUCGAUAUAAUAUACGAGGGGCAUGGCCAUGCCCUUACGUCACGAGAGCGGUGAGUGC